UCUGGAACAGUAGACAGCGAAGUGUAUUUUAUUGAUUUUCUGCUCUCGCAUUGGUUUACUUUACCUGGGCUUUACACAUUUGUAAUGCAAGGAUUUCAAGUACUCACUGAACUGCUGUAUAUGGCAAUGAGGAAUGACUACAGCUACCAUAUAUGGAAGGCUAUGAUACAAAACAGAAAGAACAUUAAAACUCUCGGGUAAACGAUUUAUACUCGGGGGCUAGCCCCCUCGUACAAAUCGUUUACCCUUGAGUUUCAAUGCUCUUUCUAUUACAAAAUCAACGUGAUAUUUAGCCGUUAAUAAAUACAGUCUUUGGGAUAUAGUAGAGUUUCUUCUUUAUUCUUGGUUUUUCCCUCUGCUAUUUUUAGCAACUAACUAAAUUUAGAGCUUACGUAGUUCACAAAAUAUAGUUCUUUUUGCGGUAAUAUUAUUCUGCUUUCGACUGUUUUCUGUGACGUAUACACAGGUAUGUGAAAAAUAUGGCCGCUGCCAUGAUUAAGCAUGCUGCAGAGAACAAUAAUACUGAGAAUAGCUCAGGUUUGAAGUGUUCUCAGGCCGAAAAUCUGGUGGUGAACGUUGACACAAGUGCCCAAAAUAAUUCUGAUAAAGGUAAAAGACCUGUCACAGGUUCUAGGCCGAAGAAAUCGUCAAUGAGUGCAGGUAAUGUUAGAGCAGAUGACCAGAUUGCUGGCAGUUCCCAAUUGAAUUCCGGUGGCUCAGCCCCGAAUGUAGCACAGAACUUUAAUAAAGAGGGGUUAGCCAUUUUAGGUGAAAUGAAUCAAAACAUAAACAAAACUAAUGAAAAAGUUGAUGAUCUGUACGACUACGAGUACGAUACACAGUACGAUGUUGAUGAUGAAAACUAUGAUUUUAGGUCAGGUCAGAACGAUGAUGAACAAUCUAAUGCCAGUUUAAAUGAUCAACGAUCGAACCAAGAUUCUUUGAAUGAUGAUACACAAAACACUGUGUUCGGUAAGUUUAGUAAGACAUUUAAGAAAAGUGAUCUGACAUCGAAGCCUGUUGAUGAACAGCUUGCGCAGCUUGUAAAUGAUGCUUUUCGUGAGGGUAUGACUGAUGAUCAUUAUCAAAAUGUUGUUAAAGACAUUCAUAGGCCAGAAAACUGUGCAGGUUUGAAAGAAACUAAGGUGAACCCAGGUGUAUGGAGUGUGUUAAGACAACAUACACAAAUGGAGGAUUCGAAACUUCGGGGCAUUCAGAACUGUUUUGUGAAAGCAGCUUGUAAUAUUGUCAAAGUGCUGGAUGUUUAUGCAGAAACAUUUGAUCAAGAGAACUUAGAACUGGCUAUGAAUUCGAUAGCUCUAUUAGGUCAAGCUAAUAAAUGGUUGAAUUGUCGUAGAAAGGAGUAUCACAAGAAAGAUAUGGAUCCAAAGCUCCAUCAUCUUUGUUCGGCUUCUACUUCAUAUACAGACAUGUUGUAUGAGGAUACAAUUGUGAAGGAUAUCAAAGACAUUCAAGAGAUGAACAAGAUAAGGUGAAAUGUAGCAUUUAACAGAUCACAGUUCAAUGGCAGGCGUGUGUUCAGAGGUGGAGCACGUUUCUUGAGAGGUGCAAGAAGACCACCAUACAGAAGAGGCAGUGUGUUUGCUCGUAGUAAUCUGUACACACAAAGCCAUCCAAAAAACUGCCAGAAGACCGAGGUCAACGGGAAGUAGUUGAUCUCCCAGCACCAGUAAGUUUUCAAGCAGCCUGAUUCCCAGACUUACGAUGAAGCUGAGAGAAGAAGGGGAGUGCCUCCUUAUAGCACCCAUCUGGUUGACACAAACAUCGUUCACUAUAGUGAUGGAACAUCUGAUACAGGAUCCUUACAUUCUUCCAGUGCACGACACAUUGUUAACAUUACCAGGAACACAGAAAAUUCAUCCACUGCACAAGAAUCUAAUGUUAAUGGUUUGUCAGGGAAACUUUGCAAGGUAAAUGCAUAUCAGAAAGAGCUACACACAUCAUUAUGUAUUCAUUGCGACAUGGAACCCAAAAACAGUACACAAUGUAUCUUAAGAAAUGGUUUAACUAUUGCAGUGAAAGGAAAAUCAGUAAAUUUCAGACAAAUGUAAAUAUAGUUUUAGAUUUUUUAGCAUGCCUUUUUGAACAAGGUAUGAGUUACAGUGCUUUAAAUUCAGCAAGGUCUUCAUUGUUGGCAGUAGGUAUUGUGAUAGAUGGAUGCUCUGCAGGGGCACAUCCUUUAGUUUUAAGAAUGAUGAAGGGAAUUUUUAAUUUGAGACCUCCUCAAUCGAGAUAUAGCGAAACAUGGGAUGUUUCAUUAGUACUGAAUUAUUUGAGAAGUUUGCCAGCUCAUGAAGAGCUUUGUUUGAAAAUGUUAACAUUGAAACUUGUUAUGCUUAUUGCUUUGGUUUUGGCAUCUAGACGCCAGAGUUUACAUUUAUUGUCCAUUGAUAAGCUGAGGGAAGAACCCUCAAAGUUUGUUUUGAGAUAUAAGGGUCCACUGAAACAAUCAAGACCAGGAGUAAGUAUUCCAGUUGCGGAACUGAAAGCAUAUCCUCCAGAUAGGAGUAUCUGUGUACAUAGUGUGUUGUCUGUGUAUUUGCGUAGAACAAAAGAUUUAAGAAGUACAACUAAUUUAUUUAUUAGUUAUAUUAAGCCAUAUAAAGCAGUAACAAGUGCCACAAAUGGCCGUUGGAUAAAAACCGUUAUGUAUAAAGCUGGCAUAAAAUGUGAUUUUAAAGCGCACAGCACCAGGUCAGCUUCAGUUUCAAAAGCCAAAAACUCCUCUGUUCCCAUUCAGGAUAUAUUAAAGACUGCGGGUUGGUCCAGUAUAAGGAUAUUUUAGUGCUUUUUAUGAUAAGAAAGUGGUUGAGAAAGACUAUGGUAGUGCUGUGCUCAAUUUGUGAAAAGUGACAAUGCAAAUUCUGGGUUUACAGUAUAACGCUUGUUAACGAUAUAACAGUUGUGUGAGAUAUUGGAUGUAUUGUAUGAAUAAUCAUACUUGCUUAACUAUGUAUAUAAUGAG